UCAAAGGUUGCAAUUAAAUCCUGAUCUCCUCUCUCAAGCUGAUUCCUCUGGGGCGCGAUAGCUCAACCGAUUUCUGUUGUGAUUAUAAAGAGGAUCAAGCUAUUGAUGGUGUAUAAACUCAGGGGCGCGAGGGUAAACUCAAUUUUACAUGUAAAAAACAUAGGGCCAUUAGGGCCACGUGGUGUUUUAAUUAGUGACCUUUUGACACUGGCAUUCCUCCUACGCCAUGCGCCACUAAAGAGAGUCUAUAGAUAAUCACUCCAACAAUCGUGGACCUAUCUCCUCGGCCUCUGGAUUUCUAUCAAGCACAUGGCAGUACAGAAUGCAGUUGCAACUGAAGUGAUCAUUUUCAUGCACAUUGAUAGUAAAAUGGGCGUGGCAGCAGCACUUCCGUCCCCCAAAAGCCACGCUCAUCAGCAGAUCAAGGAGAUAAAGCAAAACUUAUCCCACUCAGUUCAGAAAUGUGAGCUAUGGCCAGGAGCAUUGUACUGGACAAACCGACUAAAGAGUUUUCUCAGAGUUUAUGGCCUUCACUUCUCCAAAGAAGAUCAUGUUCAUCUCAUUCAUUUACUGUUUGAAUUAGUAACCGGGGACAACCUUGAAUCUCCUCUUCUUGGCACUUGGUCCACUCUUCUCACCCAUCUUCUGAAAAAAUUGAAAAUCCUAUCACGUGAUGAUCUGUGUUUGCCUUGGAGACCACUGUAUGCGCUCCGUCGACGUAUAUUUUACUCAAAGUUUUCAGAAUUGGGAAUGAAGAUUUACCCUCAACAUACCUGCUUAGCUGUUGAGGGUCUUAUUCAACAUGCUCGAAAUUAUUUCCCUGCUGAGUGCACCAAAGAUAUGUUAGAGGAAUGGCUUCCUUUGCUGUGUCCCUUUGAUCUCUCGUCAGUGGAGGGUGCCGGUUACUUGUCUGAGUUUCUUCCAACACGUCUUCCGUCGCAUUUCCAUCAGUGUAGCUUCAAACUGUGGUUUGAGAAAUUGAUGACUUUUUGGAUGGACCUUCCACUCUCUUCAUCGACAGAAGAGCCUUUCAUCAAGCUCUUUGUUCGACUUGCCCGCCACUGUAUGGGUUAUGUCGACUGGUCACCAUACCUCUCGAGAAUUUUUUCAAGGGUGUUGCGGAGCUUUAGUCUUCAAGUAGGCCGUCAAGAGCUACAUGGCAAUUCAAAAGGCAAAGAUUGUCUGACUCCACAUCUGUCUGCUCACCUCAUUAUUGGAAUGUUGAAUGGUUGUGAUCCCAAACCACAAGACCACCUCUCCAGCCUGAUGCUGUCUCUCGAGUCGUACUAUCACCCCUCUAAUGUCGGCAAGCACACUAGAACUCUUCUAACAUUUCUCAAGGAGUUGACUUGUUCUUUCAUCAAGCGACUCAAAAGUGAACAGUUUGCAACACCGAAAUGGUUUUCCAACAUUCCACAAAGUGCAAAGCUCUCUGACAACUGUAUUGAUCUCUUUGUUCAGAGCCUGUUACCCUCUCUUAAACUCGCAAUGUUUAGCAAGUUUGGCACCUCCAAUGCAUCUGCUGCUUUCCAUAGGCUGUCAUUGAUAAGGCCUGAGAUGGUGCUCCCAGAUCUACUGACUAGUACCUACCAGGCAUUAGACACUGUGACUGAGCCUCAUCAGGUGACUGCCACUCUACAGUGUGUGUCUGCAGUCAGUCGAGCUCUACUCAAUGGGGGAAUGGGGAGGUAUCCGGAAGGGAGAAGACACAUGUUUUCCCUGCUCAUGUUAGCUCUUCCUGGUAUUGAUGCCAAUGACUUCAGAAAAACUAUUACAUCUGGACUCUUAAUCUCCUC